AUGGCAGGGUACACUGAGAUUGAUGGCGCGUGCACUGCCGCAUGCAGCCCGCCAUGCCGUGAGGGGGCCACCUGCCAGGUGGACAGCGGGGUCAGCCAGUGCAAGUGUGACACAGAUGCCGGAUACACCAUGAUGGACGGCGGCCAGUGCAAGCGCUCAAACGCCCCAGUUGCUGACCCCUGUGGUGGAACGUGCGUGGGCGAUCGGCAGUGCAUGCAAGGGGUGUGCGAGUGCAAGGCGGGGUACACUGAGAUCGAUGGCGCGUGCACUGUUGCUGCCCCCUGUGGCGGAACAUGCAAGGCCAAUCAGCAGUGCAUGAAUGGGGUGUGCAAGUGCAAGGAGGGGUACACUGAGAUGGAUGGCGCGUGCACUGCCACGAGCGCCCCAGUUGCUGACCCCUGUGGUGGAACGUGCAAGGGCAACCGGGAGUGCAUGCAAGGGGCGUGCACGUGCAAGGAGGGGUACACUGAGAUGGAUGGCGCGUGCACUGGUGAGCUCAAGAAGAAAGGGCUUGAGGUGGCUCACGGUUGCUCAGCAGUGCGUCAACGUCCCAUGCCUCACUCUCACCUCACUCUCUCCUCACUCUCUCCUCACUCUCACCUCACUCUCUCCUCACUCCUCACUCUCACCUCACUCUCUCCUCACUCUCUCCUCACUCUCACCUCACUCUCUCCUCACUCUCACUCUGUCACCUCACUCUCACUCUCACCUGUCUCAGUGCACAUUGCUGACCCCUGUGGUGGAACGUGCGGGGAAACUCGGGAGUGCGUGCAAGGGGUGUGCGAGUGCAAGGCGGGGUACACUGAGAUCGAUGGCCUGUGCACUGGCUUGAACGCCCCAGUUGCUGACCCCUGUGGUGGAAUAGUGUGCGAGGGCAACCGGGAGUGCGUGCCAACGAACGGGCAAGGGGUGUGCGAGUGCAUGGCAGGGUACACUGAGAUUGAUGGCGCGUGCACUGCUCAUUCUCACAGCUCACAUGUUUGUCAUUUCUAUUCUCCAUGGGUGAUAUCUCUUGCCCAGACACCACCGUUCCACUCAAACGUACCUCCCAACGUGCCUCUCGCCCCUCUCAUCCCACCCACCCGCCCUGUACCAGCCGUGUGCAGCCCGGCAUGCUCCCUCUACGCCUCCUGCCAGGUGGCCAAUGGCACGGCGGUGUGCGUGUGCGAUGCCGGCUACACCAUGCUGGACAACGGCGAGUGCACGCCCGCAUGCAGCCCGCCAUGCUCUGCGGAGACCACCUGCCAGGUGGAGAAUGGGAUUGGCGUGUGCAAGUGCAACGCUGGCUACACCUUGCUGAGCAACGGCCAGUGCAAGGGUGAGUGCCGGGGAAGAGCAUUCAGCCUCUUCCCCUCCCUCAUGUCUCAGCAUUCAGCCUCUUCCCCUCCCUCAUGUCUCAGCAUUCAGCCUCUUCCCCUCCCUCAUGUCUCAGCAUUCAGCCUCUUCCCCUCCCUCAUGUCUCAGCAUUCAGCCUCUUCCCCUCCCUCAUGUCCUCUGCCGGUUCCUCAACCCGCUGAUCCGCUUGUCCCCCUUGCAGCCGUGUGCAAUCCUGCAUGCAAAGCCAAGGCUGAGUGUGUGGUGGUGGGAGGCGACUCUGUGUGCCGCUGCAAGCAGGGAUACAUGCUGAAGAAGAAGAGAUGCAUGCGCCGAGGAGGGCAGGCCAGACGACGGGGUGCUUGA